UUACGUCACGUUGUGCGCGCGGAAUAUCGUAGGGUAAAAUGUAAACAUGUUGUCGUGUGAAUAUUAUUUCUCACUGUAAUUAUAUAUAUAUCCAACUCUAUGUGAUAAUAUAUAAAUGAGAUGACGUGGAUCGCAGUGAAUGAAUGAUGGUUCAGUCAUGCUCCGCGCACGGGUGCACAAACAGAUACAGCAGAGAUAAAAACAUCUCCUUUCAUAAAUUCCCGCUGGCCAGACCUGAUGUGUGUGAUAAAUGGUUGAGCGCUAUGAAGAGAAGAAACUUUAAACCCACAAAGUACAGCAGCAUCUGCUCGCAACACUUCACCAGAGACUCUUUCAGACAAGAGUGCAACAACCGUGUGCUGAAGGACGAGGCUGUGCCGUCUCUCUUCGCUGUCAGCAAACUACACAUACAACAACAACAACAACAACAACAACAGGCGAGAUCUCUGGGGGAAGAUGCGAUUUUAAGCCUCCACCCCGGCCCCUUCAUCUCCUCCGACCACAACUACACGGUGGAGGACGCGACCCAGCAGAAGAGACGGAUCACACAGCUGGAGUCACAGCUGGAGAAACUCAGGAGGAACCUGAAGACGGUACAGCAGAAAUGUCGCCGUCAGGAGAGACAGCUGGAACGUUUCAGAGCCGCCACCAGUGACUUCCAGAAGUCAGGCACACUGGGAGAAAACUGCCUCAUCUUACCCAAAAAGAUGCAUGACCUCCUGAAAGAAAGGAAACCAUGAAGAGAUGUGAGAGAACGUGUCGCAGAUCAUCAGGACUCACUGCAGUCACAGGCUCAGAAUGAUUCUCAGGUCUCGCAGUGUAAGAAGAGAUUUUCUAAACCUCUAGUCUCAAAGCCAAAGGGAAAUAACAUGAACACUUGCACGUGAUUCUGACUAAUGGAGCACAAAUCAGAGUUUAUUUACUGAAUUCAUUGAGAUGUGUGCCUUGCAAAUGUUCGUCUGCUCUGAAAUGUUGUGGUGAGAUUUCACUUCAUCUCUUUUAUGUUCUCCCAGACGUAUAUCAAAGGGCUUUUUGAUUUGCGUUUGUCUGCUAAUGUUUUAUUGUUCAGACAACAAUCAGUGAAAGCCAUAUACUGAAGAACAAACUUGAUCUUUAGGUGGGAAAAGAGAAAUUAGAGUUGCCUUAUGUUCACAGUGCAAGUGUUUAUGUGAAUGGAGAGUUUUAACACAUUAUUAUUCAUGUUAACGUAUGUGUGUGUGCGUGGGUUUGAAUGGACUUCACUUGUAUUCUGAAAGUCUCUCUUUAUGUUCUUUCUGUAAAAGAUGAUGAGUUGGAGCUAGGCACCAUCCCACAAUAAAAAACACCUUUGUCAAAAGUUUUAAAAGCCAAUAUUGCAUUUAUUAGGGCUUUUGGAAAUGAUGUUGUCUGGCAUAUGAAACAUACUUAAGAAGCUCAGUCUCAAAGCCU